AGAGAGCAGGGCAGAACAGGAGGAGGAUUGAGGACCUAACAAAGCUACCCGGGGACUCUUACUUCUCAAUGGCUGGACUAUAUGGGUGCUCAGCUCCUGACAUGCACAGUCUCAGACUCAAUUCGACACCAAUUCAGCUGCUUUGCUACCUCCUACUGUGUCCUGUGGGUGCCACUUUACACAGAGAGCCGAAGGUUGUCUCUACGAUGCUCCCUCCCUCGCAGUUGGGAUCACAGCCGCCUACCUCAGACCCGUUGUCCUGCCAGGCGCUGCUCCCAAAGUCCCUGCCUGGCUUCACUCACAUGCCUCCUCUCUCCAAAUUCCUGGUAGGCCUGGCUCUAAGGAAUGCUCUGGAGGAAGCUGGCUGCUGGGCUGAUGUCCGGGCUCUUCAGCUUCAGCUUUACCGAUUCGGAGGUGUGGAGGCUACACAGGCCCUCAUCCGCCAUCUUCAAGAGCUCCAGAAAGGUGGACGUGCAGACUGGAAAGUGUCCGUGAAUGCUCUGUCCUCUGCCCUACAGCUCUUAGCCUGGGAGCAGGCAGGUCCAAAGAGGGUCAAACGUUCGCUUUCUAACAUGGACUGUGAGAAUGAGCAGGAACAGAGAGUGCACAAUGUGGUUGAGCUGCUGCCAGCCGUGGGCACCUACUACAACCUAGGCACAGCUUUGUAUUACGCCAUUAAGAACUGCACUGACAAGGCCAAGGAACGAGGCCGAGAUGGGGCCAUAGACCUGGGUUACGAUCUUUUGAUGACCAUGGUGGGUAUGUCAGGGGGGCCAACUGGUGCAGUGAUCACUGCUGCUCUUAAGCCAGCGCUGAAGGCUGGGGUUCAGCGGCUGAUCCGAUAUUAUCAUGACGAGAAAGGGGUGACCACCUCUCAGCCAGAGACCCGGAAGGAUGCCCCCACAUAUAGCGAUGACGUGGAAGAAACAACCAUGUCCAAUUUGGUGUCAGAAGUUGAAAGUACAACUUCUAACUGGGGGAGGCCUUUAUUAAAGAACUAUGUUUUUUUGGCAUACAAGAGAUAGUAACAGAACAACAAAUAAGUGGAAAAUUCUGAUAAGAGGAGGAGUGUGGAUGGAUGGGUGGAUGGUUUGGGGUGCUGUCACCACUUGCCAGUAAUUUCCUUCUUGAAACUUAGCUUUUACACUCUAAUGUGGCCAACUUUCGCCUGAACAAGUGGUUAUAGAAAUUAAAAAGUGAUAUCAUGAA